AUGUCAAGACUGCCGCUGCAAAAUGCCGAAAAUAGGAAACUAACACUCCAAUACGCCCCUCAGAUUUCUAUUGACAACCAGCAAAUAAUAUCGCCUGGUGAAUUAGGCAAUGUAACGCAUAGAAAAAGAACAACUAACCCCAUCAAUGAUUCAACCUCUUCUGAUGAUCUUAGUUUACUGGGAGAUACACUCCACCCAGAUGAAAACAAGUCGACUAAAAUCACUAACACACAGUCAGAAAACUUACUGCAAAAUUUGAGUCAAGUCAUCAUAGCACGCCUAAAGGAGAACAACGAAGCAAUAAUAUCUGAACUACGAAGCACUAUACAAACAGAAAUUAACAAAGCUAUUGCCAAACUCACAGAAGAUUUUGAGCAAAAAACCAAUUACCUAUCAAAACAAAAUGAUCAAAGAAAACUGGAAUUGGAAAAAGUAGACACCAAAAUAGAAAAUCUAAUAAAAGAAAAUGAGAAACUCGAAAAAGAAAUAUCUGAAAUUAAAGCAAAAUCUGCUACCCCAGUUAUUAAAUGCACAGCAAGCAAUUCAAAGAAAAUAGUCCUAUACGGCUUGACAGAGUAUUCGAAAGAAUCGGAAGUAGAUUUGCAUGAUAGAGAUCAGUUAACCGUGGGGGGCGGCAAAAAGCCCGGGGAGGGAGCCCCGCCAAGUGCUCAGCCCACGACGGCCGGCUCUAAGGGUGAGAGCUGGGCGACAGUCGUGGGCCGCAAGAAGGCCCGCAAAGCCGCAAAGGCGGACUCAGCGGCAGCGCGCGCCCCAGGCCCUACGCCAAGGGCAAAGGUGGCUACGCAGCCUGCGCGACGGACUGCCAAAGGCGGUCGCAAAGGGCCGACGGUGCGUGCCCCGCGUUCCGAGGCCGUGACGCUGACGUUGCAGCCCGGGGCUGCGGAGCGCGGCGUUACGUACCAGUCGGUCAUUGCCGAGGCCAAGGCCAAGAUCAAAUUGUCAGAUCUUGGCCUCCAGUCCGUCACCGUCAGGCAGACCGUCACGGGUGCGCGGCUGUUCGAGGUGGCCGGUGCUGCGAGCGGCAGCGCCGAAAAGGCGGACGCUCUGGCCGCCAAGAUGAGGGAGGUCCUCAACCCCGAGGACGUCCGGGUCUCCAGACCGGUGAAAACCGCAGAGGUGCGGAUCACCGGUCUGGAUGAUUCCGUGACCCCCGAGGAAGUGGUGGCGGCCGUUGCCCGUAGCGGAGAGUGUCCGCCGGAUAGGGUGCGGGCCGGCGACAUACGCACCGACGCCACUGGACUCGGCGCAGUCUGGGUUCGGUGCCCCGUGGCGUCGGCGAAGAAGAUCGCCGUAGCUGGCGAAGUGAAGGUGGGCUGGGUUGCAGCGAGGGUAAAACUCCUGCAACCCCGGGCUUUGAGGUGCUUCCGGUGCCUGGAAAAGGGGCACGUCCGGGCAAAGUGCACCUCCGCAGCAGACCGCAGCGAUCUCUGCUAUCGCUGCGGUCAGCCCGGUCACAAGGCGGCCCAGUGUUCCGCCGCGCUAAACUGCUGCCUGUGUUCGGCCGCGGGGAAGCCGGCGGGACACAGAUUGGGCGGGGGAGCCUGUGGCAUGCCCACCAGCACUGCCAAAAAGGCAGGGAAGAGGAGCUCCAAGCCUGCCGGGGGCAACAUCAAUCACUCUGCCAGAGCUCAGGAUCUUCUACUCCAGACUAUGGCAGAGUGGUCGAUCGACGUGGCUGUGGUCGCCGAGCCGUACUUCGUCCCCGCCCGUGACAACUGGUUGGGGUGCGCUGACGGUUCGGUGGCCAUUAUUGGCGGGACUCUGAUCGACCCGUCCAGGGGCCGCGGCUGGGUUGCUGCGGUUUCGGACGGCAUCGCCGUCGUGGGGGCGUAUUUCUCCCCCAACAAGAGUCUUGCCGACUUCGAGGGUUUCCUUGUCGAGUUGGGCGCCGUCGUGAACCGCUACCACCCUCGUCCCGUUCUGGUGCUCGGGGAUCUCAACGCCAAGUCAUCGGCGUGGGGAUCUCCGGUCACUGACUCUCGGGGCGAGGUGUUGGAAGAGUGGGCGGUGACGACCGGUCUGGUCAUCCUGAAUCGGGGUUCGGAAUACACGUGCGUGCGGCAGCGGGGCGGGUCGAUUGUGGACGUCUCGUUCGCAAGCCCCUCUGUCGCCGGCCGAGUCCGCGACUGGCGUGUCGCCGUGGAGGUGGAGACGUUAUCGGACCAUCGUUAUAUCCGGUUCGACGUCUCCGCCCAGACCGCAAACGGCCGCCAUCCAACAACCCCGAUCAACGACGGCCCCCGAUGGGCGCUCAAGCGCAUCGACAGGGAACUACUCGAGGAAGCUGCCUUAGUCCAGUCCUGGAUCUGGGAGUCGGCGACGGACGGCCCCGUCGACGUCGAAGCGGUGGCGCUGUGGUUUCGCGGGGCGAUGACGCAGAUCUGCGACGCGUCCAUGCCCCGUGUAAGCCAACGGUCCGCAAGGCGCCGGGUGUACUGGUGGACCGACGAGAUCGCGCGGCUGCGCGUUGAGUGCGUCGCAGCUCGCCGCCGGUACACUCGAUACCGGAGACGACGUCGACGGGAUCCCGUCGAGGAGGGCGCGCUGUAUGAGGUGUACCGCGCGUCCAAGGAGACUCUGUGGCUGGCCAUCGGCGACUCGAAGUCGCGUGCCAGGGAGGAGCUGCUGGGGUCCCUGGACCGGGAUCCGUGGGGGCGCCCCUACCGUUGGGGCAUGCAGCCCCAGUUGCUAGAGGCGGUGGUGUCGGCCCUCUUCCCUGAGCGGACGGGACACGUUCCCCCGGCGAUGGCUUCGCCCUCAGCCACGGACUCUCCUGAUGAGGAGAGCACCGAUGUCCCCGAGGUGACGCAAGAAGAGACGAGAGCAGCCGUGUCGCGACUCCGGGCGAAGAACACGGCGCCCGGACCCGACGGAGUUCCCGGUCGUGCUCUCGUCCUAGCUCUGAAGGAGCUAGAGCCCCAGCUGAGGGGGCUCUUCACGGCAUGCCUCGAGCGGGGGUCAGUUUCCCAGUUUGUGGAAGGAGGGGAGGCUGGUCCUGCUCAAAAAGGAGGGGCGCCCCGCGGACUCGCCGUCCGCAUACCGGCCCAUAGUGCUGCUAGACGAGGCGGGCAAACUGUUCGAGCGAAUCAUCGCAGAUCGCCUCGUCAGCCACUUGUGCAAAGAGGGGCCGGACCUGGACGACAACCAGUUUGGUUUUCGUCGGGGGCGCUCCCACCAUAG